AAACAGUAGCCUAUAAAUACUGGAGCACAGUGCCACGCCCUGUAACAGAGACUGUAGUGGUUCAAGCUGCACCACACCUAUGAUCUAGACACUUACAGACUGACACAUCAACAUGUCGAGGAACAAAUUUUUCGCUUGCAUGUUUAUACUGAUGCUCUUACCAUUUGGUACCAAUUCGUUCUUGCUGGAGGCGGUGGGCGCACUGGUAGGGGGAGCCGCAGCUAUUGCUGUGGCGCCCAUUGCGUUGUCGGCUGCUGGUUUCACUGCAGCUGGUAUCGCUGCUGGCUCGUUGGCUGCCACGGCCAUGUCCACGGCAGCAACUUAUGGAGUUGGUAUGGGAGCCGUGGGAGCUUUACAGGCUGCUGGAGCUGCAGGCAUCGGCAUGGGGACGGUAGCUGUGAGCGGCCUGGUGGGUGGCAUCGCUGGACACGCUGUUAAGCGUGCAAUAGAUGAGGACGAGUGAGGCCUCAAACUUUUGACCCACGCUGAUUCCAGAGGCGUAGCGACCCUUCCCUGCGCCCGGGGACAAACUUUCAAUUUGGCGCCCCCCCCCCCCCCCGGAGGAACGUUUAUUUAUAAUACAAAACUGCAGCUAAAAUGAGCUUUUGAUUUUUUCCAACCCAUUUUGGCGCCCCCUUGGGUCGGCGCCCGUGGACAUAUGUACCCCCACCCUUUCCUCCACUCGCUACGCCUCUGGCUGAUUUUUUUUAUUUUACACCACUGUGGGUCACAAUUUUCUGUUGUUUAUAAAUAAGCUUAAAUGUACUUGUAUUUUUUUUUAUAAUAUAGAUCUACUCUGUACAUCUAAAUCAAUUAAUUUUCAAGUGUAACGUGAUCCAUUACAAUGAAAAUUUGAACUCACCCAACAAAGAGUUCAAUGUCAAGGUUAUGAUAUAAUAACAGAAGAUCGAAUACGUCCUGGAAGAACUCCGUGUUUCCGGUGCACUACUCAUUACAUUGUUCAUGUCCGCAUGAGCAAAGUAAUGAAACUACGUGCACUCAGUAACACAGGGAAAAUACUUUCUUAACAUUUUCGUACACACGAAGAUGCAGAAAGGAUUUUUUUAAAAAAAUUAAAUAGAUCUAUGUUUUUGUAUCUAGAUACUAAUUCAUAUAGAACAAGAGGCUAUAAUUGAUUUUAUUUGAUAAAAACAUAAAGUUUGUACUUCAAAACUUAAUUAUUUCAACAAACAAAUUGAUUUUUAGAAAACUACUUUGAAAAAUAUUGGCAAUAAUUUUUUUGAAAUUUGUAUUAAGCACUUUAAAAAUAUUUAGCUUUUUGAUUUUUGACAAUAAACAGGUUUUCUCAUUAUUGUAACCAAAUCCUCUAUUACAACACAACUAUGUACAAUACAAUUAUGUUUGUGUUAAUUAAGUACUCCGUUCUUUAAUACAUGUAUAUCAUUUCAAAAAUAUAAAGUCGGCAAUAGUUUCCAAAAUACUUUUGCUUUAGUAGUUAUAAGCAUGUGUAAUGAAUCUAUUAUGUAGCAAAUUAAAGAUAUAA